UCAGUUAUUGCCUUAGUUCACCAUAAGUUAAUUUUAUGUGUUUGAAGAUGGGAUAUAUCAAGGUGUCAUUGCUACUUUUCUGUGUAGUUUUUGUCACAGCACAUGACAGAAAACACAUGUUUCAAACUCAUUCUCUCGGUGCACAAUUGAAGUUUCCUCCUCCUUUAUCUGGCAACACUGCUCCAGGGAGUACUUGGCCAAAACCUCAGCAGAUGACAAUCCAUACUGCGGUUUAUCCGGUAGAAGUUGGAAACUUCGUGUUCACCUUGAAUCCCUCAAGUAAAGUUUGUCCGAUUAUUACUGAAGCCUUCAAAAGAUAUCAAGAAAUUAUCAGAAAAUAUGCAGUGAACACUAAACUACAUUUAUUUCAAUCUGGCAACACUAUUUCUGGAUUGGAAAUCAAUGUCAUGGGUGAAUGCGAGGAUUUACCAAGUUUAGAGAUGAAUGAAGCUUAUUCUCUGAAUGUUGGACUUCCUUCAACACUCAUGGCAGAAUCUGUUUGGGGAAUUUUGAGAGGAUUGGAAACAUUUUCUCAACUUCUAUACAAAGACUCGACAGGAAUGGUGAUUGCAAACCAGACUGCAAUUGUUGACUACCCUCGAUUCAACUAUCGCGGAAUAUUACUGGACACAUCAAGACAUUUUGUUGAUAUUGAAACACUGAAAUUGAAUCUGGAAGCAAUGGCGUUCAACAAAUUUAACACAUUCCAUUGGCACAUAGUAGAUUCCCAGUCUUUUCCGUAUUUCAGUGCAAAAUUUCCGGAUCUUAGCAGAAAGGGCUCCUAUAAUCCGGGUAGUAAUACUCACAUCUACACGCCAUCUGAUGUACAAGACGUCAUUGAAUAUGCGAGACUACGCGGAAUUCGAGUCGUUCCAGAGUUCGAUACCCCUGGUCAUAGUUUAUCCUGGGGUCCAGGGCAACCCGAACUUUUGACCCCAUGUUACUCAAAUGGCAAACCUGAUGGAACAUACGGACCUAUCAAUCCUAUAAUAGAUGCAAAUUAUGAUUUUAUCAAAGAACUUUUCACUGAAGUAUCGUCCGUAUUCCCUGACCAUUACAUUCAUCUCGGGGGAGAUGAAGUCAGUUUUAACUGCUGGAAAUCCAACCCAGAUAUCACUGCUUGGAUGAAACAGAAGAAUAUUACAACUUACAAUCAACUGGAGCAAUACUAUAUUCAGAAGGUCAUCAACAUUUGUGAGGAGAUUGGUUCCAGCUACACUGUAUGGCAAGAGGUUAUAGACAAUGGGGUCAAGGUCCAGGGUGACACAGUGGUUCAAGUCUGGAUAAACAACAAAAAUUUGGAGCAGGAAGUAGCGAAUGUUACUAAGAAAGGUCUUCGAGCGAUAAUAUCCGCUCCCUGGUACCUUGAUUAUAUUUCUGUCGGCCAAGACUGGAUUCGCUAUUACAAUUACGAACCUCUUACUUUUAACGGAACUGCCGCACAGAAGAAAUUGUUGAUCGGUGGGGAAGCUUGCUUGUGGGGAGAGUAUGUCGACGCUACAAACCUUACUCCAAGACUAUGGCCUCGUGCAAGCGCAGUAGCUGAGAGACUGUGGAGUGCUCAGACUGUCAACAAUUCGGCAGAAGCUAGUCCUAGACUUCAUCAACACAGAUGCAGAAUGGUCAGUCGAGGAAUCCCUGCAGAGCCGAUCUUUCCAAGCUAUUGCGAAAUGGAAUGGGGACAAUGAAAAAAAAUUAUGAUGUCAUGAUGCAGUUCAAAAAUUGUUCAAAUCAACUCCUGAUUUACUAUUCAAGUUGAUAUUUUUUUUCUUGAUUUCAGGCAUUUCAAUGUAUCUAUGCUACUUAUUUUUUCCUAUAGCCAUUGCAUUGUGUAAUAAUACAGUAUGCACCAUAGUAAUAGUUCUGAAUUUAUGUGAAUAUCAUAAAUGCUGCUAUUAUUUAACGCCAAGUCCGAGAGAUAUAAAUCCCAAAGUUAAAUUUGUUUUCAAAAAUUAAUGUCAAAUUAAUUAAAAGCAGUGUGAUGAAAAUAACGACAAAAGUUAGUAAAAAUUCAAGUGAAAGAUUUUUCAAAUUUUAGGUGAAUACUGGGUAUUUUUCUUUCUGCUUUCAAUUUUUUUUCUCUCAAUUCCUUCUAUGGCUAUACAAAUUUGUCUGUUUUUUUUUCAUACAUUAUACAAUAUAUUCCAACAUAUUAUGUCUUUUCCUCUGUAAAAUUAUGAAAAAAUUGAUAUUAUAGUCACCAGAUAAUGUCAGAGUUAUGAUAUAACCUACACAACUAAUUGCACUCUGUGUGAGGCGCAUGAAAUGGAGAAAGAGAGUUAUUUGGGGAUAAUUCUUAUGUAAAUUGUGUUGAUUAGGUUGAUGAUUAAGUAAUGUUGAAAAUCAUUUAAAAUGUUUGAUACUGAGCCUUUUUUAUUUCAUGAUGUGAUUUCGUAUGUUUUGUAUCCCCAGGAAAACUUCAAAUUUUGAUUCAUUGGAAUUGUCGUUUCCGAACCCCCAUGUUUUUCUCAAGUGAUCAUUUAUUUCUAUUACCCCUAAUCGUGGAAUUGCUAUCUUAUAUGGUAUGAAGCCAUCAACAUUUCAAGUCUAUACAUAAUACAUAUAAUAUUACAUUAGAGGUAGUUUGUUGUAUCUAAAAUUACACUAACAAAAGUGCCACAUAUAUCGAUGAUUUAUCAUGUAGCCAUCUAAUAAAGAGAUGAAGAAAUUCAAUGCCUUUGCGACGCAAUACUGACAUCCUUUACAUUGUUAUCAGAAAUAAUGUAAUUGACUGGACAACUUUCACACAAAAAAACAAGGUUUGCCAUAUGUUAAAUCUAGUAUUAUGAAGUUUUACUUUUAUGAAUUAUGGGCAAGUCCCUUAGUCCCUAUCCCACAAAUGCAGCUAUGGUUAAAUCAGUAUCAAAGUUCCAUGAUUUAAUUUCACAUUCAGUUCUGUUUGCUAGUUUUCUGGUUGAAUAAAUAUCGUGCAAUGGCAA